AUGCAGGCAACUUUGGGUAACUCCCCUUCUUAUGCUUGGAGAAGUGUUCACAAUGCUAGAGAGGUUCUUGAAAGAGGUCUCAUAUGGAGGGUGGGAAAUGGUGAGAAGGUAAGGAUUUGGGGGGAUUGUUGGAUCCCUUCCUCUUCCAAUUUUAAGGUUCAUUCCUCAGUGGCAGUUCUGAAUUCAGAGGAUACAGUGAGUAAGCUCAUCGAUCAAACUCUAGGGUGGUGGAAUUACCUGUUCAUUCAAAGGAUUUUUGGACCUCAAGAAGCUAAGUUGAUAUGCAGUGUCCCUAUAAGCCCCCUAAAGAGUUCGGAUUGUUUGAUUUGGCGUGGAACCACCCAUGGUUGUUUUUCAGUGAAGAGUGCCUACCAUAUGGAGGUGGGUCAUAAUCUUCUUCCUACUAAAGCAAAUUUGGCUCAAAAAAUGAACAACCAGGAUCCCUCUUGUCCAAUUUGCCAGCAACAGGUAGAGAUAGUUUUCCAUAUUCUGUGGGAGUGCCCUUCAUCUAUGACAGUAUGGCAGGAAGGUAGUCGCCGAAUACAAAAGCUGGUGGUGGAAUCCGAUGAUGGUCUGGGCUUAGGUCAACAAUUACUGUUAAAACUUGAGACUGAGGAAUUUGUAAAAGCUAUGACAGUGGCUAGACUCAUUUGGCUGCGACAGAAUGCUUUCGUUUUCAGGAAUGAAUUUGCUUCCCCGAUGUCUAUAGUGUUGGCAGCAAAGGAAAAUUUGGAAACUUAUUUCUUGGUUCACAGGAAAGAAGAAUUGGUGAACUCUCCGAGUUUUCCUCUUGAGAUGUGGAGCAAACCAAAGAUGGGAUGGAUUAAGUUAAAUUGGGAUGCAGCCUUGGACAUUCCAGCAAAGAAGUUGGGCCUGAGGGUGGUGGUGCGUGAUAGUUGUUGGGUUUUGGUGGUAGCAAAGGCAACAGUUGUUCCUUUUAUUAGCAACCCAACUACAGGGGAGGCUUUGGCAGCAUGGUCGGCAACAACUUUGGCUCGAGAGUUAGGCUUGUAG